AUGCAGCUACCGGGGUUUGAGGGCCCGGUGACUCUAGACACGUACAAGAAGCGGUUUGAGCUGCUGUUACACGUGGAAGAGCUUCAAAUGGAGGCUGACAUUCGUUACUAUGACAUGCGGGGAGUCACUGUGCUGCCUUCUAGGGAGUUUUACCAGCUGACGGUGCCUGGGCUGGCUGAGAAACGCCCGUCUGUUCUGUUUGGCGAUCGGGUGUAUCUGACCUUUGCGAAUGAGGAGGGAGCAGGGCGGAGGCGGAUUGAGUACCAGGGCUUCGUGCACAGGGUGGAGAGGGAGAGCGCCAUGCUGCGCUCCCACCCCGACUUCCAACGGCGCUUCAUCCCCGGCCAGCUCUUCAACGUGCGCUUCGAGGUGCCCCGCGGACCAGUCAGAGCGUGCCACCUGGCGCUGGGGCUUGCGAACCGGCACCUGGGGCAGCACGUGCUCAUGCCGUCGGAGAUUCCUCAGAGGCUCUUCAGCAUUGAAAUCCCCGCCAUCCGCCCCUUUGAUCGCCAACUGAACGUGGAGCAACGAGAAGCAGUGGCACAGCUGCUGGUGCGCUCUCGCCUGCAGCUCAGCGCACGGCCCGAGCCCUACCUCCCGCCCUACAUUGUGUUCGGCCCGCCUGGCACCGGCAAGACGAAGACAGUCGUUGAAGCUAUCCUACAGGUGGUGAAGGGGAUGCCCUCUGCACGUGUGCUCGUGUGUGCGCCAUCCAACAGCGCCACUGACAACAUAGCCCUCCGUCUCAGAGGCAAUCUGCAGGUGCGUGAGAUGCUACGCCUCUACUCUGUGAGUCGCGGGCGGGGCGAGGUAGAAACGGACCUGCUGCCAUUCACUCGCUACGACGACGCCACGGGAACCUUCCGCCUGCCUUCUCUCUCCGAAAUCCACACCGCUCGGGUCGUGGCUGUCACGUGCUGCUCCGCUGCUCUGCUCUACCGCAUGGGCGUCCCCAGAGGCACUUUCACCCACAUUUUCAUUGAGCAUCAAGUGAAGUGGUAA